AUGUUACAGCUGCUCGCGCGCCUGCUCGGACGAGCCCCGAAGUCGGACCUGCCGCCCUUCAACUUCGCCCUGAAUCGCUACAAAGCAAAGAAGCAUUGGCCGCCCAAUCUCAGGGAGCUCACCGCGAAGCAGCAGUUCCGCUUCGAGCGCAAGUUCAAGCGCCGCCUGCGACUCAAGUCUAUCAAACCGCAGUGGCAGCGCUGGACCAAGAUCGUGCAGUGGAACCUCAUCGGCUUCGUCGUCAUCUAUGGAGUCCUCUUCCACGACUUCGCAAAAGACCCCAUGAAUCCAAGGCCGGGCGAGCAACCGUUCAAGAGCCUGAGGAAGUGGAUGUGGGGAGCAUGGGAUGGUAUGUGGACACAUACCUCUAGUUCGCUGGAGGCGGACCGAGCGGGCGCGGAGCCUCUCUCCCCCAGCCGCAAGGCGGCGCCCGAGGACGCAGCGGACGCGGGGGGUCGGAAAUCGGGAAUUCAAUAUCAUUCUGUGACAAAUCAGUACACCACGCAGAAUUAG